GAAAGAAGGAUAAGAUAAGGGCGGGGGCGUUAAAGCCCCGCUCCAGUGGCCGCCGCCUCCGGGCGAGCGCGGAAGGUUGCCUGAGGUAACCGCGGGAGAGGGAGGCGGAGGCGAGCUGGGCAGAACGGAGCCGGAGCGAGAAGAGGAUGGCAGGCAGCCCCAGAGCCGGCUGACAGGAAGGGAGGAGAGAGAGAGAGAGCGAGAAGGAAAGAAACCAGGAGUGGAGGGAGCCAUGGCGCUGCCCAACCGGCCGGCCGCCUCCAACGCUGCUGCCGCCGCAGCUUCGGAUCUCUUGCCUGCGGUCGGCGACAAACGCCUCAUGAUGGGUUGCGACGUAAAAUUGGAAAGCGUGGAUCCCCCACCGGCGGAGGCGAUGGGAUCCCAACCGCCGGAAGAAGGGGUGGCAGCUGCGGAGGAGGAGGAGGAGGAGGAAAAGGAGAAAGAAAGGAAAUUCGGAGUGGGAGAAGGCGAGGAACUGGUUCCUCACCUGCUUGAACCGAGGUCGGCUUCUGGGGGAAUGGAGAGAGGACACAAAAAUGAUAUUUCUCCUUUCAGCAGUUUCAUUUCAACUAUCAGCCAAAAGAAAGAAGAUUCUGUAAAUGAAAAUUCACCUGAACAAUUAGUUAUUACUGAUAUAAAAAAUGCAAAAGAACAGUCCCUUGGCCUUGGUGUUAGGCAAAAGAAGCGUACCUCAGUGGAUAUACUUCCAGUAGAAAUGAAAGUUUCAAUCCCACUGGAACCUUCCUGUCUCACCCAAACAAAAACUAUGAAAGAGUUUUGGGAUGACAUAGAAAAAGCUAAGUUAACAGGAGACUGGAAGGAAAUCUAUGACUUUUAUUUAAAAACAUUUGAUUCUUUUUCAGAAGUUAACACUACAUUUAAGAAAUAUACUGAAACUCCUUUUAAUUCCAUUGAAGAUUGUGGAAUUGAUGCUAAAUAUGUGAAUGCAGUUUAUGAUACCUUACUUCAAGCUCCUCAAGAUAUCCAGAAGUGUGUCCUAAAAGGAAUAAUUAAUGGUUUAUUGCAUGAAUGGAAAGGGCCACAAACAAAAGAUGAUAUCAGAGCAUAUUUUGUUCUUCUACAGAAUCCUCUGUUUAGUAACACAACAACAUAUGUUAUUUUUGCUCACUUGCUAAGACAGAUUGCUGCCUUACCCGAAGAUAAUCAUCACUACCUAAUUCACUGGUUUAAGAAGAUGUCACAGAAGCGAAUCAAGCAUAUUAUAGAGAGAAUCAUACAAUUUAUUUCUUUGCGGCUGUUUCCGGCAAAACCUGAAGAUUUGCCUCCUAUGGAGAAGUGUACCUGGUGGAUUCCAUCAGCAACCAAAGUUUUGUCUUUAUUUAAUGCUUCAAAUAGUCUAACUAAUCCUUCUCUUAUUUCAUAUACGGAUUUUUAUAAUUCUACGCUAGAUCAUAUUGAUCUUAUGGAAGAUUAUCAUAACUGGCAGUGUUAUGGAAAUUCUCAUAGGUUUUCCUUCUGUCAAUAUCCAUUCAUUAUUUCUGUAGCAGCAAAAAAAGCUAUAAUUCAAAAGGAUUCAGAACAACAAAUGAUAAAUAUUGCACGGCAAAGCCUUGUUGAUAAAGUAUCUCGGAGGCAGAGACCUGAUAUGAAUAUGCUAUUCCUAAAUGUGAAAGUGAGAAGAAUGCACCUAGUUAGUGAUUCAUUGGAUGAGCUCACAAGGAAGCAAGCGGAUUUAAAAAAGAAAUUAAAAGUUACAUUUGUAGGUGAAGCUGGUCUUGACAUGGGUGGCCUAACAAAAGAAUGGUUUCUUCUUCUAAUUAGGCAAAUUUUUCAGCCAGACUAUGGGAUGUUUACAUACCACAAAGAUUCUCACUGUCAUUGGUUUAGUAGUUUGAACUGUGAUAAUUACUCUGAAUUCCGAUUGGUUGGAGCUCUUAUGGGACUAGCUGUCUAUAAUAGUAUCACACUGGAUAUUCGAUUUCCACUGUGCUGCUACAAAAAAUUACUUAGUCCUCCCAUUGUACCAUGUGACCUGAAUACACCUGUAGGAAUUGGUAAUGUUACUAUUGAUGACUUGUGUCGGGUUAUGCCGGAGUUAGCUCAUGGAUUAAAUGAGCUGCUAUCCUAUGAAGGGAAUGUUGAAGAAGACUUUUAUUCAACCUUCCAGGUUUUUCAAGAGGAAUUUGGCGUCAUAAAGUGUUAUGACUUAAAGCCUGACGGAGAUAAAAUACCAGUUACCAAUGAAAAUAGAAAAGAGUAUGUGCAGCUUUAUGUAGACUUUCUUCUCAAUAAAUCAAUCUACAAACAGUUUGCUGCAUUUUAUUAUGGAUUUCACAGUGUCUGUGCUUCCUAUGCAUUGAUGCUGCUUCAUCCUGAAGAAGUUGAAAUUCUGGUAUGUGGAAGUCCUGAGUUGGAUAUGCAUGCUCUCCAGAAACACACACAGUAUGAUGGCUAUCAGAAAACUGAUCUUACUAUCCGGAAUUUCUGGGAAGUAGUACUCGAAUUUCCUCUUGAACUUCAAAAAAAGCUCCUACAUUUUGCUACAGGAAGUGACAGAGUACCCGUAGGAGGAAUGGGAGACCUUAAUUUUAAAAUUUCAAAGAGUGAAGCAUCCACAAACUGGUUACCUAUUGCCCAUACUUGCUUCAACCAGCUCUGCCUGCCUCCAUACAAGACGAAAAAGGAACUGAAGCAAAAGUUGACAAUUGGGAUUUCAAAUGCAGAAGGCUUUGGUUUAGAAUAAGACAACUUUUAAAAAGCAUAGCGGAUGUAGCACCUGCUUUCUACUGUGCCUUUAAAGCUUCUUAUGUUUCAAUCUCUCAAUACUGUGACAGUCUUACUUAGAACUGUGUGAACUGUUGUUGUUUUUUAAGGAGUGCAUUCUUUUUUCUGUAUAGAAAUAUGUUUAGUCUUUCUUAUAGAAAUUUUGUAUAAAAGUCUUAAUCUUUGCAACCUGUCAGAACUAUCAAAUAUAUGAUGCUAUACAGUCAUCUAAUCUAAGAUAGACAACCAUCAAGAAUUAAUCUCUAUCACCUCAAAUUGUUUGCACUACAGGGAUGAGGUUCAGAGUAAAUUAUUAUUGCUCACAAUUGGUAUAGCUCAUAUGCACUAUAUUCCAGUGGGAAGUGCAAUAUAGAAAUUGUAUUCUUCAUGAUCAGUUAAGCUUAUUUUCAAUUAAUAACAAAUUGUAACUUAUUUAUCUGAGACAAUUGAAACAAAUAAUGUUUUAAAAAUAUAUUAAAUAUUAUUUUGAUUUUCCUUUUCAGAAUAAAUUAUUAAUUUAAGAUCAUGUAAAUAAUUGCCCACAGGCCAAUAUGUUUUUGAUAAUACCAUUUACAGAUAAAGAUUUAUUUUUACAGGGUUUCCAGUGUUAAAUGUUCAAGAUUUUUACAAUUGAACAGAACUGAUUGUAUAAGAAUACAAAGGCUGCUAUCUUACCAUCUUAAAUUUAUCUAGAUUUAAUGGACCAAUUGUAACUUUUAAAUUGCAUGUAUAUGAUACCAGAUUGAUAGAUUUGGCUAUUAUGUGUUUAUAACUCCAAUUUAAACAAGAAGAUUGAAUGUUUAAUAAUACAAAUUUGGAUUUGUUACUUGAUUAAAAACAAAUCACUUUGGCACAACGAGAAAGUUGUUUUAAUAUAUUUAAGUUACGCAUCUUCACAUUUCUAACACCAUAUUGUUUUUUAUACAAGAUUUAAAAUAAAUUAAGUAACUUUUUAUAUAAAAA